GCCGCGCAGCAUAUCAUAUACGUAUCACCAUUGCAGUGCAACCAUGGGCACAAAAACACAGCUCCUUGGUUUGCUACUACCUCUCCUGCUCCUGCUCCUUCCGCCUCCCCUCCGCAAUUACCUCUCGACCGAUCAAGCCGCCAGCGGCAGAGUCGGCCAUGGCCGGCUCCAAGUCUACCACCCGAUAAUCUUGUUCCCUGGCAUAAGCUGCCCCAACCUGGAUGCGCGGCUCACCGACGCCUACGUUCCGUCGCUGCCACGCUGCGGCGCGCUCAAGGGGAAGGGGUGGUUCCCGCUGUGGAACAACACGCAGGACCUGGUCGACCACGACUACGUGCCGUGCUUGCUGGAGCAGAUGAGCCUCGUCUACGAUCCAGUCCUCAAUGACUUCCACAACCAGCCUGGCGUUGAGACGCGCGUGCCCAACUUCGGCUCUUCCGACAGCUUUACCGCAAAAAGGACGAUGGGACGUGAUGUGUUUUGCUUGUUAAAGCUCCGCCAAGAACUGGAGACACUAGGGUACCGCGACAGUGAGACCCUUUUCGGAGCUCCUUACGACAUACGGCACACUCCACCUUCACCUGGCCAGCCAUCUCAGGUGUACUCCGACUACUUUGCCCGUGUCAAGGACCUGGUGCAGAACGCGAGCCUAAAGAAUGGGAACAAGCCAGCCAUCCUCGUUGGGCACAGCUUCGGAGCCAGGGCCGCCCUCGACUUCGUCAAUUCGACUCCCCUACGAUGGAGGAAAAUUUUCAUCAAGCACAUGGUCCUAAUAUCGGCCACACCUCUUACAGGCUUUGUGCAGGUGGUCACAAACUUUGCCUCAGGGCCGACAGUAAUUGUUGUCCCGACAGUUAAGCGGCUGGAUUUGCGGCCAAUGUGGAGAACUUUCGCGAGUUCCCUUACAUCCUUCCCGUCUCCUAUGGUUUUUGGUUACGAGCCACUUGUAGUUACCAAACAUAGGAACUACUCAGCGUACGACUACAUGGAUUUACUCACGGCGCUUGGCUUCAACACCGACAUCGGGAAACGGGUGCUUCCUACGAAGCUGAAGGUCGACGCACCAAUGGUGCCAACGACAUACCUUUGUGGCGCCGGCAUCCAAACACCAAAUCAGGUGAUCUAUUGGGAAAGUAACUUCGAUGCGGUUCCCGAGUAUGUAUAUGGCGAUGGUGACUCGAUCGUGAACUUAGUUAGCGUGUUGGCCUUCGUCAAAGAAAUCAGUAGGCAGCAGCGCCAGAGUAACAUACCCUUCAAGUUCGUCAAGAUUGCUAAUGCUAGCCACUCUGGUAUUGUCAGUGAGGAAAGUUCGCUUAGGAGAGUUAUGACUGAAAUUCUAGAGGCAAAUUGCUAAAGAGCCAUUAUGUGAUGAUUUUGAAUUUUUAUUCAUUUUAUGCUCUAUUCGCGUUGUAAAUGUUGGCAUUGUUAUGGAAUAAUGCUAUUAUGUAAUAGUAAAUAAUUUCUAAAAGUUCAGCGAGGACCAAAGA